ACGCAACUUUUAGGAUCAGGCCCUCAGAAUAAUUUUCUUAUAUGGUUCAAUUCUAGUCUCAUACUGCAACCGCAAUCGCGGGACAGCCACCAUGGCUACCACAGAUAUCCAAAAAACGCCGUUCGUGAGGGAAUUGGCAUCAAGUGAUCGCAAAACUCGCGACAAAGCUCUUGAGUCAUUGACGCUCUUCCUGAAAGCGCGUAAAGAUCUAAGUCUUCUUGAACUGCUGAAAGUCUGGAAGGGAUUAUUUUUCUGCUUCUACCAUUCCGACCGCCCUUUAACACAACAAGCACUCGCCCGCUCUCUCUCAUACUCUCUCGUCCCAAGUCUCCCGCGCGAAAGUCGACUGCGUUUUCUGCGCGCAUUCUGGAUCACGAUUGGUCGGGAAUUCCAUGCUUUGGACCGAUUACGACUCGAUAAAUACCUGUAUCUGAUUAGGUGUUAUGUCGGCGUUGCGUUUGAGAUUUAUUUGAAGGGGAAGAUUAACGAUAAAUCGGAUAAUGAACAGGAGGACUCAACCGAAAAACACGAAGAAGAAGAGGAAAAUAAAAAAAGGAAAAGAAAGGGAGAUGAGAAAUCGAAUAACGGGAAGAGGAGGAAACAAUCCGAAGAAAACAGCGAAAACAACGGAAAGGGAUCAAGUUCUGAACGGGAUGGAAAAUGGACAGAACUAGAAUCAUACAUCUCUCUUCUUGAAAAAGGGCCUCUAUGUCCCAUCAACUUCGAUCCGAGCGAGAAGAAGCCCAAAUCCAACGAGGAUAUAACCAUGCCCCACGGCCCCGACGGACUUCGAUAUCAUAUUACUGAUAUCUGGCUGGAUGAGCUGGAAAAAGUUCUUUCCUCAAAUGACGACGGUGAUCAAGACGGAAAGACCGAGGAAGUAUCAUUGAAAGAUCGCCUUGACGUUCCUAUUGGAUUGCUAUUAAGACCAUUUGAGAGAUUGAGAAAGGAGAGCCAGACCAAGUCUGUUCGGAUGAAGGUGGUUAGUGAGGUGUUGGAAGAUGAGCGAUUGGCCGACUGGGGAUUUAGAGAGCGGAAGAAGGUGAGGAGUAAUGAGAGUGAAGACGAUGAGGAGGAUGAGGAUGAGGAUGAUGAAUGGGGUGGAUUUGAUGAUUAGUCUUACCUUUUCUCUGUUUCCGAGGUACUUAUUUAUGAGAAGACACGGUCAAUUCUCUGUAUAAUUUCCAACCAUCUUAUCCUAUUCAUAGUCUUCUUCAACUGCAUUGCAUAGCUACAUCGGUAUUUCAACUGCUUCAGGGUCACCCAACAGCAAUACUGAGAAGAGUAUAUGGAACAAGAUUAACAGAGCUAUCCAUUCAGACACCGAAAGCAAUAUAAGAAUCAUGAUAGGAUACAAAACCAGAAGUGAAUUAAAAGAAGCAUACUCAGUGGCUAUGUAACAGAAUGGACAGAGAAUAAAAGUGACUGGAUUGAAGAACCUUAGUAGCGCCAUCAUCAUGAUCUGCUUUGAAAGAACCCUGACAUGACAGCGAAAUCCACAAAAAGGAGAUAUGGAUUUGAGAUAUGAUUAUCUCAUAAUCUCUGAGACGGAGAGGGAGUGCGGAAGGUAAUAAGUGGUUUGUGAAUACACAGAAGAUGUGAAAUCAAGAAAACAAAUACGCUGCGUCCUGAGUUCGUAAAGAAACGGCGAGAAGAGAACAGUAGGAGAAAGAGUCGAGGGUAUAGUGUUAUAGACAAUGUAAGGCAUUAAACCGAAGGCUUUUUCAUCCCCUACAAAAGAGGAACGAUCUUCAAAGUUGGACUUGCUGUAUUGUACCAAUAUAGCACCAAUGGUUCGUGUGUCAUAUGCUCAGGCACAUAUGUAAUCAAGAUUGCUCGUUAAACGAUCGAGUUUAACGGAAUUCGAUCGCGGGGGUACAUCCGUGAUCUUCGAUGUGCUUCAAUUCGAGUUUUUGGUACCU